CGUUGCUUCCUCGGCUUCUCGCUUAGCGAUGAGCGAAAUGAGGAGAGGGUGCUUCACCUCCCCACUGCCAGCCCUCUUAGGAGCGUAGACCACCUACCCUUCAUUGGAGAGUAAGCCCCAUUGAAGUCAGUGGGAUUCACUUCUGAGUAAACAAGCGCAGGGUUGCGCUGUGAGGCGGAAGCCGCCAAUCAAGCGCGACAAAGCGCGUGAGCCACGCCUCCCCCGCCUGCGCUCCGGCUAAUCCGAAGCGCGUAUGGAGGCCAAGGCCCGCCUCCUUUCUGAGAGAGGGGGCGGUUGAUACCUCCGGCAGUUCCGAGUAGCGCGCCGGGCAAUGGCUGAGGCGGCGGCGGCGGGAGUUUCCCCGCGGGGCGGCGGGGCGGGUGGCCUGUCGGAAGAGCCGCCGAGCGGCCUGGAGCGCGAGGGCCCCGUGCGCUGGGACGGGCGCCUCACGCACUUCGUGGCCCGCGACUUCGAGCAGCAGAUGCGGCGCCGCGCCCCGCCGGGCUCCGGCUGCCUCAUCCCCGCCGUGGACCCCGCGGCGCUGCAGGACCUGGCGGCUCUGGCCGUGCAGGCGGCGGCGCAGGUGGACGAGCUGCUGCGCAGCGUGCACGGCGCCCUGCAGGCGCUGACGGCGCUCAGCGUGGGCUGCAUCCAGACAUACCGCGACGGCGUGGAGAGCCUGGGCGAGGCGGUGGACACCAGCAUCCGCUCCAUGUACACCCUGAUGGCGCGCUGCGAGGAGCUGGACAAGGCCAUGCAGCCGGUGCCCGCCUUGGCCCGGCGCAUCCGGGACAUGAAGGGGGCGCUGGAGAAACUCGAGGGGCUCUGCAAAUAGGCCUCGCCGGGCUCGCUUGGCGCCCGGCGCUGAAACGAAGUAAGCUGGUUUCCGGACAGCAGCUGUCUCCUCGGCGCUGGUGGCUUCCCCGUCAAAACCCGCUCUGGCCUUUUUCUCUGUUGAUCUCAGGACAGUUGCAUAGCUUUCUCUUAACCAAGCUUUUUGUUCGAAACU